GUACCUCCUUACGUACGUGGCGCAAGUACCAGGUAGGUAGGAGAUAGGCAUGCAGGUACCUACUUAUCUCGUACAUCGUCAGCGCGCAUCUGUCGUUCCUCGCUGUCUCCCGCCAGGCAGCUUCUUGUUGGCCACAUUAGGCAGUAUCUGUCUCUAGGCCGCAUUCCUCGACCUCUCUGGCGCUCGUGAUAGUAAUUCCUCUUUUUACUUUUUCUUUCUUUCUUUUUCCUUAAAUUAAUCACACCGAUAAAUCAACCCUUCUCGUUGUACAUUGGUGCGAUCGGUCGGCCGCCUUAGACAUCGAGCGCCCGCAGGAGAUAAUUGAUGUAGGUAUGUACCGCCGCCUCCGUCCUGGAUCGAUCUGCUUCGCUCUCCGGGAUCCGCCACCUUCACGCUCGGCCACUCUCAACUUUACUACCUCCCCCCCUCCCCCUCCUGGGCCGUGCACCUCGUAGGGUUUAUAACAAUCCCAUCUCCCAACUACUGCCAGUCGUAAUCUUGUUCGACAGCAUCGAAGUUGUUAUUGCAUUCUACCUCUUCUGUCUCCUCUCGCCUGCCCCCCCUAAACACCAUCAUGACGGAGACACGGAUGUUGCGUUGUCCCAUCUUGGGAACGGCGAACGAGUAUUUCCUGCUGGAGAUAUCUUCGGACGGGCCCCGGCCACUCGACCUGAAGCUGGUCGGGUCUGAGAGCACUGCCGUGUUCACGACAAAGCUACGUCACAGGAGGAUCGCCGAGUACAAGGACGCCAGUAGCCCUUACUCCGACCAAGAAUGGGAGGAGAUCUUAGUGGCGACUUUGGCCCGCCAGCAGCCCCUAGCCGGCAUCGAGACCCGAGCCGACGUUAAAGAAGACGGCUCGUCCGUGAGCUUGUCCUUCAGAAAGAACAUCCUAGGGAUCACGCAACGGCUAGGGUCUAUUCCGUUGGACGAGGAUGAUAAGACGGAGGUUUCUCCGUUUGACUGGUGCGUCUCGGCCAUCGGUGCCCGGAUCAAGGCCGAGCGCGACCUCUUCUACGCCACCGCGAGGAUCGAAACCCUCCACGAGUCUCUUAGGGACCUCGAGGCCCAGCUCAACUAUUUCAUCGCCGUCAAGAGCGAGGACGAGGCGACACUACUCGUUAAUUUCCGCGACCUCCUCAACAGGAAAAAGCUCAAGAUUCGCCAGCAAGAGCGCCUGUUGGCCGCUAUAAAUAUCGACCCCUCUGAUCUUGACGACGCCGACGAUGAGACCUUCCAGGAUUUCAUAGCUAGGGUGGCCCGCUCUAUGAAGCGCAAGACGGGUGAGGGGGAUGAGAGCGGCGACGUCGGCGGAUUCGAGACGAUGGAUUUCACCGGGUAUAGCGAGGGUCAUGCGGGGUCUAGCACCGAGGAGGACGGUACCCCAAGCGCCACCAGCACGGACAGGGACGCGGAGGAGCCGGCACAACUGCCGGCGAGUUCGCGGAGCAACCGACCCCCGCCCCCCGGAGCUUCUUUUCUACCUCCAAUGCCGACGCCGGACCAAUACUUUACUCGUUUCUUUCAGAGAGCAGGUUAUGGCCCGCCGCCACCGCCGCCUAGCGACCUGCCGUUUUCGAAGCGUGCGAAGACGGGAGCCUCGGCGGAAAGCACAGGCAACGAGACCGCGUCCUCCGGGAACUAGGCCUCAACAGACGUCGAGAUUUGGUCGUUGGGAUUUGGGUUUGGUCCCUCGAGCUACGACGACGGUCAUGUGCCCUUGCCACCAGGGCGAUGGAAAUUGGUCUAAAUAGCCAGCAUGAUAUACGUGUGCUCGCUCUCCUUUUUACCGAGUAUCGAGAAAUAGGAAGCUCUCUAGUCCCUGUUAAACACGUAUCUGUGAGCACACAACGGCGGUUUACAAUGUAGUGUGACGAUACCAUGAUUUCGCAGUCUUGUCCAGCCCUCAAUUUGCGCAGACCUAGAAUUCCUUGAAUUGAAGUUUACGUGUUUACGGCGUGUUCAGCG